GAUAAGAACCUGUCCGACUUAAUUCGUGAUAUAAACACGGGCACCCCCGAGGAUCGGUUAAGACUCUUGAUGCUGGCUGCAUUCUGUGGAGCUGAUUCAACUCGGUCGGAGACUAGUGGACGCAGUGAGUCGGGUAUUUCCACCACCCGCGAAGGCUUUGUAGUCGCUUCCACGGGUAACGUUGGCGCUGUGGGUGCUGGCGGAAGCUCCGUAUUUCGGCUGACUGAAGACGAGUUGGACAGUUUAAUCAAGCUAUUCGCACAGACCAAUCCAGAAAUAGACACAAGUGCUAUUAAAUACAUUAAGAGGAUGCGGUAA